GCCGCCAAGAUGGGGGACAAGAAAGAUGACAAGGGCUCGCCCAAGAAAAGCAAGGGCACCAAAGAGCGCAGGGACCUGGAUGACCUCAAGAAGGAGGUGGCUAUGACAGAGCACAAGAUGUCGGUGGAAGAGGUGUGCCGGAAAUACAACACGGACUGCGUGCAGGGUCUGACCCACAGCAAAGCCCAAGAGAUCCUGGCCCGGGAUGGGCCCAAUGCGCUCACACCACCGCCUACCACUCCAGAAUGGGUCAAGUUCUGCCGCCAGCUCUUUGGGGGCUUCUCAAUCCUGCUGUGGAUUGGAGCCAUCCUCUGCUUCCUGGCCUAUGGCAUCCAGGCGGGCACAGAGGACGACCCCUCGGGCGACAAUCUGUACCUGGGCAUCGUGCUGGCAGCUGUGGUCAUCAUCACCGGCUGCUUCUCCUACUACCAGGAGGCCAAGAGCUCCAAGAUCAUGGAGUCCUUCAAGAACAUGGUUCCCCAGCAAGCCCUGGUGAUCCGAGAGGGUGAGAAGAUGCAGGUGAACGCUGAGGAGGUGGUGGUCGGGGACCUGGUGGAGAUCAAGGGUGGAGACCGAGUCCCGGCCGACCUACGAAUCAUCUCAGCCCAUGGUUGCAAGGUGGACAACUCCUCCCUGACUGGCGAAUCGGAACCUCAGACCCGCUCUCCUGACUGCACACAUGACAACCCCUUGGAGACUCGGAACAUUACCUUCUUUUCUACCAACUGCGUGGAAGGCACGGCUCGCGGCGUGGUGGUGGCCACGGGUGACCGCACUGUCAUGGGCCGCAUUGCCACGCUGGCUUCAGGCCUGGAGGUGGGCAAGACGCCCAUCGCCAUCGAGAUCGAGCACUUCAUCCAGCUCAUCACCGGCGUGGCCGUCUUCCUGGGCGUCUCCUUCUUCAUCCUGUCUCUCAUUCUCGGAUACACCUGGCUCGAGGCUGUCAUCUUCCUCAUCGGCAUCAUUGUGGCCAAUGUCCCAGAGGGCCUGCUGGCCACCGUCACUGUGUGUCUGACGCUGACAGCCAAGCGCAUGGCUCGGAAGAACUGCUUGGUGAAAAACCUGGAGGCUGUCGAGACCCUGGGCUCCACAUCUACCAUUUGCUCAGACAAGACAGGGACCCUCACCCAGAAUCGCAUGACGGUCGCCCACAUGUGGUUUGACAACCAGAUCCACGAGGCCGACACCACGGAGGACCAGUCAGGAACCUCGUUCGACAAGAGCUCGCACACCUGGGUGGCCCUGUCCCACAUCGCUGGCCUCUGCAACCGCGCCGUCUUCAAGGGAGGUCAGGACAACAUCCCUGUGCUCAAGAGGGAUGUGGCCGGGGAUGCCUCUGAGUCCGCCCUGCUCAAGUGCAUCGAACUGUCGUCUGGCUCUGUGAAGCUGAUGCGCGAACGUAACAAGAAAGUGGCUGAGAUUCCCUUCAAUUCCACCAACAAAUACCAGCUCUCCAUCCACGAGACUGAGGACCCCAACGACAACCGGUACCUGCUGGUGAUGAAGGGCGCCCCCGAGCGCAUCCUGGACCGCUGCUCCACCAUCCUGCUGCAGGGCAAGGAGCAGCCCCUGGACGAGGAGAUGAAAGAGGCCUUCCAGAACGCCUACCUGGAGCUCGGCGGCCUGGGCGAGCGUGUGCUGGGUUUCUGCCAUUACUACCUGCCCGAGGAGCAGUUCCCCAAGGGCUUUGCCUUCGACUGCGACGACGUGAACUUCACCACGGACAACCUCUGCUUCGUCGGCCUCAUGUCCAUGAUCGACCCGCCCCGGGCGGCCGUCCCCGACGCAGUGGGCAAGUGCCGCAGCGCUGGCAUAAAGGUCAUCAUGGUCACGGGUGAUCACCCCAUCACGGCAAAGGCCAUCGCCAAGGGCGUGGGCAUCAUCUCCGAGGGCAACGAGACAGUGGAGGACAUUGCUGCCCGGCUCAACAUUCCCGUCAGCCAGGUCAACCCCCGGGAUGCCAAGGCCUGCGUGAUCCAUGGCACCGAUCUCAAGGACUUUACCUCGGAGCAAAUCGAUGAGAUCCUGCAGAACCACACCGAGAUCGUCUUUGCCCGCACAUCCCCCCAGCAGAAGCUCAUUAUUGUGGAAGGCUGCCAGAGACAGGGAGCCAUCGUGGCUGUGACCGGGGAUGGUGUGAACGACUCCCCCGCCCUGAAAAAGGCUGACAUCGGCGUGGCCAUGGGCAUUGCUGGCUCAGACGUGUCCAAGCAGGCAGCGGACAUGAUUCUGCUGGAUGACAACUUUGCCUCUAUUGUCACGGGUGUGGAGGAGGGCCGCCUGAUCUUUGACAACCUGAAGAAGUCCAUUGCCUACACCCUGACCAGCAACAUCCCUGAGAUCACACCCUUCUUGCUGUUUAUCAUGGCCAACAUCCCACUGCCUCUGGGCACCAUCACCAUCCUCUGUAUCGACCUGGGCACUGACAUGGUCCCUGCCAUCUCAUUAGCAUACGAGGCUGCAGAGAGUGACAUCAUGAAGAGACAGCCCAGGAACCCACGUACUGACAAGCUGGUCAAUGAGAGGCUCAUCAGCAUGGCCUAUGGGCAGAUUGGGAUGAUCCAGGCUCUCGGCGGCUUCUUUUCCUACUUCGUGAUCCUGGCGGAAAAUGGCUUCUUGCCCAGCAACCUGGUGGGCAUCCGGCUGAACUGGGACGACCGCACCGUCAAUGACCUGGAGGACAGUUACGGGCAGCAGUGGACGUACGAGCAGAGGAAAGUGGUGGAGUUCACGUGCCACACGGCCUUCUUCGUGAGCAUCGUGGUCGUCCAGUGGGCCGAUUUGAUCAUCUGCAAGACCCGGAGGAACUCGGUCUUCCAGCAGGGCAUGAAGAACAAGAUCCUGAUCUUCGGGCUGUUUGAGGAGACGGCGCUCGCCGCCUUCCUGUCCUACUGCCCUGGGAUGGACGUGGCCCUCCGCAUGUACCCUCUCAAGUGA